AUGCGCAGCGGUGUCAGGGACAUCAGCGUCCAGCUGACCCCUCAGGAGGAAGAAUUGUUCGAUGUGUUGACGAAGACAUUGGAGCAUGAGAAGCUAGAUACAGUGCUGCGAUGUGCGGGGGGAUGGGUGCGAGACAAGCUGUUAAAAAAGGAAUCUCACGACAUAGAUAUAGCGAUAGACAACAAGAUGGGGCAGAAAUUCGCGGAGCACAUCAACAGCUACCUGAGCUCGAGAGACAUGAAGACUGGCAAGGUGGCGGUCAUCAUGAGCAACCCGGACCAGUCCAAGCACCUGGAGACUGCCAGGAUGACAGUUGCUGGCCUGGAGCUGGACCUGGUCAACCUGCGCAGUGAGAAGUAUGCUGACCAGACCUCCCGCAUCCCCACCAUGGAGUUCGGCACCCCUGAAGAGGACGCCCUCAGGCGUGAUUUCACAAUCAACAGCCUGUUCUACAACAUCAACACCCGCUCAGUGGAAGACUUCACUGGCAAGGGGCUGGAUGACCUGCUGGAGCACAGAAUGAUCCAAACCCCGCUGCCCGCUGAAGACACCUUCCGAGACGAUCCGCUGCGUGUGCUGCGGGCGAUCCGAUUUGGGGCGCGCUUCGGGUUCAAGCUA